AUGAGCGGCAACCAAGAACCCGACUUCGCCUUGUACCCACUGACCUCCUCUGACAUUGGUCUGAGCGGGGUGGAUAUGAUCAAGACGUGGAUUGUUGAAGGUCACAUCAACGAGAAGAUACUGCGCGGGGCGUUGGAUUGGGUUGUAGCCAAGUGGCCGUUGUUGGCCGGGCGGAUAGAGUUUGUCGAGAAGAAGCCGCAUUUCAGAGUUCCUUUCGGAAACCUUCCACCAGGGUAUGAGACUUAUAGUCUCACUUCACGCACGUCGCACCUCCCUUUAUCACACUACGUGAAGCUCCCGCUCGCCCCCUUCACCGAGAUUCCGCCAAUUGACCUGUUCAUGUCAAAUGAACGAUAUAAGCUGGGCGGUCUCAAGAGCUACGAAAGCGCUCCGUUCACGCAUUGGCACAUCACAUAUUUUGAAGAGGAUGGGCAGAAGCACUCUUGUAUAGGGGUGUUGUACUCACAUGCCCUCUUCGACGCCGUUGGAUCGUCGAUGCUGCUACACGCGGUGGAAGCCGAAUUGGCGGGGAAGGAUUGGGAUGUGCCACCCUCGCCAACGCCUGGCCUGAGCGCCAACCCGUAUCAAGAGUUGCUGGAGAAGGAGAUAUCUGGCAACAGGAGCAUAUCCUCACAGUCAAAGACUUCGUCAGGAAGCGCGAGGGUUGUGGGCAUCCUGGGACUACUCGCAUGGAUACUUGGCGACCUAAUUCAGCAAUGGAUAUAUGGGUCUGUAAGGAACCAUAUUAUCGUUCCUCAUGCCGUGCACACGCGACUGGCCAAGGAGACGCGCAUAGAGGCAGAAGCUGCAGGGCUGACUGAUGUUCGCUUAGCUGCAGGUGACAUACUUGUCGCGUGGGCUAUGAAGGCUGUUUAUAAAGGGGAGAACCCAAAGAAGACCAUCAGUUUCUCGAACGCAGCAAACGUUCGGUCGGAAUGGAGCAAGGAGCUCUCGCUUUACCCGCACAACUGUAUCGUGCAAGUCGCCUAUCCCCCCUUAACGGUUCAUCAAAUAGCGACCAUGCCUGUGUACCAACUUGCACACAAGUUGACUGUGGCUCGCAUGGAAGGGUCGCGGAUCGAGGACGCUAUCGCGCAGCAAGCUCUUCAUGCAGAAGCGCAGAGGAAACAACCGCUGGGUGCUGUCGUAAACAACAGUGAUUCCACGGACGAGACCUUCCUGACGACAAACGCUUCGGUGGCUCGUAUUGCGCACAUCGACUGGACGGGCGCUGGGGGCGGGAAGACAAUCGCUCAUUACAGGAUGGCGCCUGUACAAUUUGUCCCUCUCAACGUCUUACUUAUCAAUGGGUGGCUCAACGACGGAGACCUUGUCUUGAACUCGAGUUUCACGACUCGUAGGGCAGAGCGUCUCCGAGAAGAGUACGAUAAACUAGUUACUAGAUACCAAACGGAGAAUGCCUAG